UGACUGAAACCCAGGAAUGAAUUUGAUUGGGAAUUGAAACACAGUUAGGAAAGUAUAUACUAUCCAUUAGAUCGAGCCGACCGACUGCACCAAAACUGCUGAAAAGAACAUAACGAAAAUUGAUUGAUCGACGUAUUGUGUCUGGAUGGAUGCGUUUUGAAGGAGGGACCGGCCGAUCCAAUUUUCUCAUGUUUGUUUUGCCCCUUCUUGUGUUGGGCAUUUUAAUUGAAUCGCAUUGAACUGGGCCAAGAAAACACAUCUAAUUAACCCGGACAUUUAUUGCCCGAUAGGUUUGCGUUUUUCAAUCCACUCGCUUUUUAAUUUACUUAUCGGAAUUGCGCCAGGCUUUGCCUGGAUCCAACGAUGGCCGAUUUAAUUAACUGUUGGAUAGAUUUCUGCAUUUAAUUGCAUUAUUCAUGCAGAAGCUUUCGUGGUUUAUUCAUUUUUUUUGGGAGGAUUUGGAAAUCGACCGUUUUUCACAUGAAACAUGCAAAAAUUUGCAAAAGUAUAAAGCCGAAGAUUAGCAUAAAAUGCAUACGUUGACAUGGCGAUUAAAAGUGCCAUGUUAAAUUGCGAAAACACCGGAAGUUUUUAUUUAAAGAGUCAAGAGUCGGUUAAUCCUGCAAAUGUUUUUUUCGUGUGUAGUUAAUAUUGAAAAAAUCCCACGAUGUUUUCAGUUUCUCCACAUUCCCCGAACAGUUUGCUUUUCUCAAUGAAAACUCGCGGCCAAGUUUAUUUACAAGUUGUUCACAACGCUUUAAUUUUCCGGCCAGUUUCCGCUCGUCUGAUGUUCGAUCUAAUCAAUUUCGGUUAGUCGUUUGUUCACACCGGUGAAACGUUGCGAGUUAACUGGAGAACCCCGAAAGUUCAACUCAACUUCCCCGAAAAAGCUUUAACGAAACAUCAAAGUUGCUUGAAAAUAUUGCGACGAUGGUGGUGCUGGGAGAGUCAGAAGAAAAUUUCAUCGUUCAUGUUCCGGAUAGUGAAGAUUUAGACGAAAAGUUAAGAGAAGAAGACCGAAGAAGAACUGGCCGAUAUUUAGCAGUUACAGUUAUUCUGUUUAUUAUCGCGCUUGGACUUUAUCACACAGUCUCUCGAUUCGCUUCUGAUGCUUCAGCAUUGGUGAGCGCAGCUAUGAUUAUGUUUCUAUACCUUCUCUGGUUAUGGUAUGCUUCACAAAGACGCAAACUUCAGUUAAAGAGAAACGAGUUGUCAAUGGAAAAUCAAGUAACAACAGUUCUACAAGCACUGAACAAUAUCAAGCACGUGAGUUUGGAGGAAGAUGUGCAGAAAAACUGCAUCUGCCCAACCAGGCAGGAUGAAGUGGGCAAUAAAUUUGCAAAAAGUGACGUGAAACUAAAUAAUGAAAAUGCAAAUGUUCGAGUUCUGAAAAAGCACGCAAGUGUGGAUGACUGUGGGCCGAAAAAUUGGCAAUUUGAUGAAUCGUCGGAUAAAGACAGUGAAAAAUUUAUUCGAACUUAUUCGGUAGGGUAGUUUGGUGAGCGGUUUUCCAAUCUGGAGGAUUUUGGCUUCAUUUUCCACUACAGUGACUGUGCAGCGAAAACACGCUGAAAUCGUUAAAAUACCAAAGAAAAGUUACUAGAAAGUUGGAAAAUUUGUAAAUUAAGUGUGAAAAAUGAUUUUUUGGCGGGCGCUUGUAUAUUUAUGCACAAACUUCGCUUUGAUUCAACUUGUAAAUAAACACUUUCUUCUUAA